AGUUAGUUAGUCGCCAACAGUCUGACAGGAGCUACUUCGCGCGUCUGCCUCUUCAACUUCACGUCUCGUGUCGUGGUGUGAAUGUGAAAUUGAAACAUUUGGAACUGCAUAGCGCGGUCUACCGGUGUUUUUUCCGUUCACGGUGGAUUUUUUUCGAGAAAAAAUUCAUUCGCUAAGACAGUUUUCGAGGAGGACUUGUUGUGGUUUAGACGAGUGAAGUGCCCAAUUUGGACGAUUUGGUGACGGAUAUUCUUGAUAAUGUUCCAUCUUGCCAUGCACCUUUGAGCCCAGAUCUAGCUAACAAUCAAUUUCGUCAGAAAAAAAUGAUACCGACGUAUAUCUCCAGAAAAGGUUGUUAUUGGGACUUCAGAGAUUUAAAUUUGUUCAUUUCGUGAAGUCGAAAUUUUCUCAAUAAUUUAGUACUUUUUUACUUAUCGAGUUACUUUGGUGACGUAUUAGCGAUGACUAAACGCUUCUUAAAGAAACAAGUAUUAGCUAGCUGCGCCAUAUUGGUGCUGGGUGCAAUAAUAAUCUUCGUUUGGGUGGAAUUCAGCCAGGGUGCAUUUAGGGAAAAAACAGAGUCCGCUUCUGUAGUCAACUUCACCUCGACUAUGUCGUUUCACAACAGCGAGAUACAGAGCACUACAAAACACAAAGAGUUUAUCGAGAAGACACAUCUAGAGGACUUUGAGACAGACGAUGUGGAGUUCGUAAAACCUCUGAAAAUAAGUAAUCCCGCUGAUGGAUCACCCAAUAGUAAGCAAGAAAGUGGAACUAACAGUGGUCAUUUUCGACCAAAACAAGCAGAAAGCUGGGAUCUUCAUCCGGUGUAUGAAAUCAAAGCAUUUGACAAAACUCUCUUCCUGGAACUGCAUCACCACAACAAGUUUAUGUCUCCAAACUUACAUAUUGCCACACACUUCAAGAAUAAUUUUACUCAAAGAACGCGGCAUGAUCCUCGUAUAUCUGGGUGCAUCUACGAGGGACACAUUAGAGGAGACAAAAGUUCCUACGUGGCUGUAUCGCUUUGUAGUGGAAUGACUGGAGUCAUAAAGGCGACUGACCACAGUUAUUACAUAGAACCAGCUGAGGAAUACGUAGAAGGAUCAACCACUAGUUUAAUCCAUAGGAUGAAGCGGUUACCUCACCCAACCAGAAAGAUGAAUGACGUGAAUUCUGACAUCAUGGAGUUUAAUGAAAAUGAUGAAAACAAAACCAUAAUCGAGGACGAUUUCUAUCAAGAAACAGAAUAUAUCGCAAAAGACCAUCGCAUUAGAAGACGAUCUUUAAGCUCCUAUGAACCAGACUCUGAAAUUGAAAUCGAAGGAACUUGUGACAUGCUUAAAGAAACGAUUUGGAGAAGUCCAGCCGAUGUUUUAAAGGAUGCAGCACGACCAAGAAGAAAUGCAGAAUGGAACAGCAUCUAUAGAAUGAGCAACGAAAGCUACGUCAAGGUUUUAGUGGUAGCAGAUGGUAGCAUGCUUAAGUAUCAUACCAACAGCAACGAGUUGACCGUUUACAUCCUCACGUUGAUGUCACAUGUUUCGUUUUUGUUUAAAGAAGAGACUGUUGGCAACCCGAUAUCUAUAUCUGUGGUAGAUAUAGAUAUACUUAAUACGAAUGAUUUUUCAAACUCAAAUUCUUCAGGCAUGUUACUUAAAUUUUGUGACUGGACUAAACGCCACGCUAAGGAUAGAAUACAUAACGUAGCAGUAUUGUUAACAAGGGACACCAUAUGCAGAAACGAAUCUGCUCCACAACAUUGUACAACAUUAGGUGUUGCAGAACUGAAUUCAAUGUGCCAAUCAGGAUGUGCCAUAGUUAAGGACAAAGGAUUAGCUACAUCGUAUACUAUAGCUCACGAAAUAGGUCAUAUUUUAAGUAUGCCCCACGACGAAGAUAAAAAGUGCGAAAGGUUCAACAAGCACAUCAGUAUUACAAAUAUUAUGAGCAAGAGUUUUAAAAAAGACACCAAACCGUUUACUUGGUCGCCGUGUUCGAGAUACUUCAUCACGGAGUUUUUAGAUUCUGAACGCUCUACCUGCUUAAGACGACCGCCAGUGAACAACUAUUUACCAACAUAUCAUUACACAGAUACUUUACCGGGCGAUAAAUUUGAUCUGGACACUCAAUGCGAACUUGAGUUUGGACCUGGGAGAAAAGUGUGCCUCUCUGGAGUACCAUCUGCUCCGUGUGAACAUUUAUAUUGCAGCGCAAAUAACACCGAGUAUGCUUGUACAUCCACGUUUUCACCCUGGGCUGACGGUACUAGAUGCGGAGAUAGCAAAGUAUGUUUCAAUGGAGAAUGCAGGUACGAGUACGAACUUGUUCCAGUCAAUGGAGGUUGGGGACCGUGGAAAGAAUACGGGCCUUGUAGUAGAACAUGCGGUGGAGGAGUGAGGGCAUCUCAGCGGUACUGUAACUCCCCUAAACCACUCAAUGGGGGACAGUACUGUAUUGGAGAAAACGUCAGAUAUGAAUCGUGCAAUAUACAGGAUUGUGAUAUCAACAGUUUAGAAUUUCGAGCUUUCCAAUGCCAAGAAUUCAACAACAAAUCAGACGAUAUAAUCAACUCCAGUGUUCCAAUCUACUGGUUUCCUGAUUAUAACAUCGAACUACAUGAAGAUCAGUGCAGGCUGUUCUGUAUUCCCAAUAAGGUGAAACCAAGCUAUAGACUGCAAGAUAAAGUACAAGAUGGAACGAAAUGUGGACCGUCUGGAUUUGGAAUCUGCGUCAACGGUAUCUGUAAGCCAGGUGGUUGUGAUAAUGUGCUGGACUCCACUGUGGACUUAGAUGAUUGUGGCAUAUGUGGGGGAGAUAAUAGUCGGUGUCAAGAGAUCAGUGGAGCUUAUAACAAACCAGCAGAAACCAUUGGCUACAAUCGGGUGGUAAGGAUACCAAAGGGAAGUUCAAAUGUUAACAUCACUCAAGACUCUUACCCCUACGUUGAUGACAACUAUUUAGUGUUACUGGAUGGAGAAACCGGGGAAUCCCUUCUGAAUGGUAACUUCAUGGCAAACAGAGACAGCGUGGACAUCAUCUUCGCCAACAUCAAGCUCAAGUACAGCGGCUCAAACACUUCUGUGGAAUGGAUCAACAGCGAGACGAACAAAAAGCUGCCGAAGGAUCUGGUGGUCAAAGUUCUGUCCAUGCAGAGUUUGUCGCCACCCAAUAUUCAUUAUAGAUAUGUUAUCGACGUCAAGGAAGCGCCCAGGUAUCCAAGAUAUCAUUACGGUAGCAACAGGGGAUUUGUAAGAAGUUAUGGAUGGCAGCUGACGCAGAACCAAGUAUGGACCAAGUGCGACUCCAUCUGCGAAGGAAAGCAGUACAGGAUACCAAUAUGCAUCGAUCUCACCACUCAAGCUGAAGUCCCGAAAACUUUUUGUGACAAUAUGGACGACAGUCAAAUACAAACGAAGGAAUGCAACACACAUUGUCAGCUGAGUUGGAAUAUCGCUUCCAAGAGUGCUUGUUCGCCUCAGUGUGGAAAGGGAAUCCGUCACAUCUACUACAAUUGUCUGAAAAUGUACAAGAAAAAAUCAGGGUACAGUGAAAACGUCAACGACAGACAUUGCACGAAAUUGGGGAGCCCUCCAGCAAUGGAGAAUUGCAAUACUAUUUGCAAUUCUACGAGAUGGCAUUACUCGCAGUGGUCAGAAUGCAGCAAGACUUGUGGCGGCGGCCUACAGAAGAGAACUGCGAAAUGUGUCGAUGACAGAUACACACCUAUAGAUGAUUCUUAUUGCAACAAUAGCGAGAAGAUUAUAGAACAGAUAUGUAAUACUGAGAACUGUCCCGUUUGGACUUUGGCAGACCAAUCACCUUGUUCAGCCCCUUGCGGUGGCGGCUACAAAAACUUGACGUACUACUGCGUCUUGGACGGUAGGAUUCACGACAAUCACGACUGUGAUGUAAGUAUGAGACCACCGGACACAGAACGAUGCAACGAACAGGCAUGCGGCCGUUGGGCACCUCUCAACGACUAUCAUUCCUGUUCCGUGACGUGCGGAGAGGGGAUCGAAAGGAGGCAGUUCGUCUGCAUGAAGUUCGACUCCACCGAGCGCUUGAACGAAGAGUACUGUAGGGAGUUGGUGAUUCCCACGGAGACCAGGCCGUGUUAUCGGCCCAAGUGUGAGAUCAUCUCACUCUACAAAAGGAGAAACUCAGUCACUAAUACCAACGCCAUCAUUCCAGAACCUUUCCACAUGUAUAACACCUACAAAUGGGUUCCCGAAAAUUGGUCAACGUGUUCAGAAACUUGCGGCGAAGGUGGAAGAAGAAAACAACAGUUCAGAUGCUUGAACGAUGCAGGACAGGAAAAUUACCAUAUGUGUGAACGAAGUUUGAAGCCUAACGUAUUUGCGGCUUGCAACCAGUUUGCUUGUCCUCGAUGGGUGACGGGAGAUUGGAGUCCCAACUGUGAUGCCAACUGCGAAAGGUAUAGAGCUGUCAGAUGUGCUGAUCACUCAGGUAAGGCCGUAGCAGACUCUCAGUGUGACUCCAGCAGAAAACCGGAACAUCUCACCAAGUGCAGACUUUCAGAAUGCCCCUACAUAACCAACUCGGUAUCCAGACGAUACUUCGAUUCUUCGGAAAAGGGCGAGAAACGGUAUAGGUGGAAGAUGGGACCUUGGAAGCCAUGCUCCAACAAAUGCGGUAAAGGUAACAGAAGGCGACACAUCGAGUGCGAAGACUCACUAAACGAGAUCACCGUGGUCGAUACGUUGUGCAGACAUUUGAAAAAGCCGAGAGCGACCAGACCGUGCGAAAGGUACAGCUGCAAAUUCGCCUGGACCGAGGGGUAUUGGUCGGCUUGUUCUGCUUCCUGCGGCACCGGUGUGAAGAAGAGGAAUGUCACUUGUCACCGAGUCUACAAAGGAGGUGCCAUAGAUCCCAUACCGCUACCAGAUCUGUACCAAAACAAGAUUCAUCACCAGAACUAUUGCUCCGUGUACAACAAGCCACCGGUUACGGCCAAAUGCAUUUUGUCUCAAUGUGGGGAUCAAUAUAUUUGGAGACCGGGACCAUGGAAACAGUGUUCACACGCUUGCGGUAGAAGAGGUAGGCAAGUUCGAGCCAUCCCUUGCGUGAACGUAUGGACCCACCAGAGAGUACCCAGAUCCUAUUGCCGCGCCAACUUGAAACCGCCCAGAAAAAGAAAAUGCAACCAAUGGAGGUGCCUAUAUAAGAGUUGCAAGGAGCUAAAACACGCGACAGGAACGAAGGAAAAUAAAGAUUAUAUUAUAUCUGUACUGGGACGACCUGUUAACAUCCACUGCUAUAAAAUGGAUACGCCUGAACCGUUGGAAUAUAUAAGCUUGCAUCCUGAUAGUAUGAAUUUUGCGGAACUUUAUGAUAAGAGGUUAACGGAUGUGAGAUCCUGCCCGAAUGGAGGUCAACGAGACGACAGCUGUCAAUGUGACAAUUUGGGCCCCGAACGAUCAGGAGCAACAAAGUUCUGGAAAGUCAGACUGAACAUCACGUCUCUGCGAAUCAUCAAUGAUGAUUUUACUUUCUCGAAGCAGCUGCGAGGAAGAAGAGUACCUUACGGUACCGCCGGAGAUUGUUAUAGUUCCUCGACCAACUGCCCCCAAGGAAGAUUCGAGGUUGAUUUGACGCAUACGUCAUUCAGGUUGGUCAGCAGUGUGAGAUGGGAGAAAGUGGGGCCUUACGCUUCGGCUGAGAUACGAAGAUCUGACACAACUGCAUCUGGCCAAUGCGGAGGAUACUGUGGUCAAUGUGUUCCAGAUCCCAGUAUAGGUCUGGCCGUGGAAAUCACUUAGAUCAUUCAACCGUCGCACUGUGUUCAUGAGAGGCAAAGACCAAAAACCUAACACCAAGUCCAAGAAGGUUGUAAUACACAGAAAUUGGAUCCCAAUUAGCGGUGGAUGUACAAAAAGCUUUUGUCUUUUCUAACUUGACACGAUACAAAAAGAACUGACAUUUGAGAUGAUGGUCACUAGCUUUUGUCUCGUUUUUUUUAGUUGAGAAAGUUAUGAGCAAUAUACAUUAUACAUUUUUCUAUAAUGCAAUAUAUAGUGAUCUAUUUUAAUAGUUGAAACAGAAAAUCUCUGGCUAUAAAUAGCAGGAAAACAAUUAUUUUAUUGCAAAUUCGUUUCUAAGAAAUUAAAAAUUAAAUAUCAAAAUCAAAAAUACCCAACAUUACGUUGUAACUAAUCGAGCUACAUCAUUUUUACCCAACAAUCUUCAAAAAAAGUUGUUACAGAAAUAAACAAUCUCAGAACAGUUUUAAAAUAACGUAUUUCUUAAAGCACUGCAGAGAUCUUGCACCUUUUUUUGGAUUAUUUUCAACCAAUCAUUACCCAUACCAAUCAAAACAAAGUUAUAGAAAUUAAUGAAAAAGAAACAAUCUAAAACAAUUUUUAGAUAAAUAUUUCCCGAAAUGGCAACUAGAAAAUUAAGUAAUAUAAACUGGGAAAAAUAUGUAAUUAUGAUUAGUCAAAACUAUAAAAAGAAGAGAGUGAAACAGAAUAAAACAUUUUUAAAAAUUAUCGGAAACAUCGGAAACUACCCGGCUCCGAAGGACCAUGAAAAAUGGUUGGAGUCUAAGAACUAUGCGAAAAAUUAAAAGGACUAUUAAAAUAUAUGCACAUCCAUCAAAAGUCUAUAAAAUAUAUGCGGAAAAUUAGACAUAUGCAAAGAAUUUGUAUGUAUUAAGACAUUUACAAAUAUGAGAAGUAUUUCUGUCAUUUUAUACUUGUUUUACCUUUGUUCUACCUUUGUUUUUAAUAAUAUUAUGUGCCAUAUCGUUAGAGACAAAAGCUAGACGAACUCUCUAAUUGGCUGCUAUAUUUUCUGUCAGCGUAAAGCAACGUAACACACCGCUUCAAGAAUGGUAUCAACCGAGAAGACUUCUAUCGUAUUAUAAAUACAUACAGGGUAUAUCAAUUAUACAAAACCUGUAACAAUUCACUACAAUUAAAAAUAUAUUUUUGUAGGUUAGAAGUUUUUGAUUUACCCUGUAUAAUUGCACAGUAUUGUAGUAUUAAAAACCCGCGCGAAAAAAUAAUGAAUUAAGUAGGUUAAAAAACAACUGCCAUACCAAAACACUUCCUAAUUUUCAAGUCAAAUGGAUUUGUAAUUUGUUGUUUGAGUAAUAUUUUGUCAACUACCUAUCUUAAUGUUACGGUUUUAGGAAUGGUAAUAAAAUAAUUUUAGUGCAACCAGGCGGCCAUAUUUAAGGAGUUUUUAAGGUUUUUUCGUUAGUAGCAUCCCCAUCUUUACACUAGAUGAAUCCGAUGUGAACAAAUUCGGCUCAAAACUCUUUUGGGGGCCAUUUUCUUUUUUUUUCCUCUUUCCUUGCAAUCGUAUUUUCUUCUAUAGGGAGGUUUUCGACUCUUCACCCUUCCAAUAUAGUUUUUCUAUUUCUCUUCCCAUUUCUUCUAUUCCCAAAGAGCUUUAUAUUUCUUUGUUAUUUCCUUCUCUUCACAAGUGUUUAACCCUUCUAAACAGGGUUUCACAGAUACAGAAGAAUUAUUUCAUUUGUAGAAACGUUGGGCGAGCUGCGUUCACUCUACAUUUGAUCUCUUUACUUGGGUCUAGUUAGUCUGUAAUGUAGCAUCUCAGAAACUUAAAGUGAGUCACUCUCUCAAUGUUUUGUUGAUCUCUCUGUAGGGAAGCAUUGUUGUGAGGUUGGCUACUUUAUAUCACAAAUUUCGUCUUAGUAGCAUUCAUUUUUAGACCCAUUUCUCUUCCUUUCGUGUUUACGCAAUUAACAACUGUUAAAAGGAACUGGAGUUCACCAUAGAUUUUCACUCCAAACGCCAAAGAGUAGGUUCUUUCCUGUCUCGUUGCAUCCCUAGAGCUUCAUCCUUAUCUUAAGUGGUGUCUCUUUCUUCUCUUACUGUUUUCUCCACUUAUAACAUAGUAUCUUAUAUUUUCCUCUUCUUUCGAAGCGAAAAAAUAUCGUCUAAAUAGUUGUUGAUCGUUCUCUUGGUUUGUCCUCUAUCAAUUGUUCUCUGUCUGUAGUCAAAUGUAAUGUCUUCAAUUUGUUCUGAUCUAACUGGGUAAUUUGACCAAUAAAUUCCCCAUUGAACCCACAGAUCAAAAUUACAAACCUUCACUGCCUGCAAACGCCUGGGAAACAAAUACUAUCUAUGUUAAAUAAAAGUUUUGAGAGUAUCAUGACAAUUUUGUGAUUAAGUUGACGAAACAAAAACUGCCAUAUAUUUAUAGAUUAAUGUACAAUACGAUUAAAAUAAACUCAAUGCAUUUCUUCAAGACACUCUUCUUCUUCAUAUCAAAAUUACAAAUCCAUUUUUAGCAUUUUUGCCUCAUAUUGAGGCGAUGUAUUUUAAGUAUAGACCGCAAAAUACUUUUUAAAUAUAUUUGUAGCUAAGGGCAUAAAAAUCCUUGAACUAACAUUUGUAUUUCAACAAUUUUUAUUUGUGUAAAACUCCGCUUUCAGGUUUCUUGUCGGCGUAAUCUACAGGACAAAUCAAACGAACAAGAAAAAAAAAACGAUAUUUUACUGUUAUAGUGUGAGUAAAUUGGGCAUUAGACAAUUUUAUCGAGAAUGUCAAUCUCUAGAAGGCGUUUGACUUGUUCUGUAUUGCAAAUAGUAUAUUUAUUGCACAAAGUGUUUGUUUUACGUUAAAUAUCGAGAUUGUAUGAAGAUUUUGUGACGAAGACAGUAACAUUUUUUGAGUACACAACCUUGACAAUCUGGAUGAGACUGCAGACGGUACUACACACAUAUUUUUCUUUAACUGGAAGAAAAUAUUGCACUAUUACCGCAUUUAUGAACGGUUAACAUUAUAUAAGUUAAUAGAAAGGCUGAUCUCCACAAUAUAACCUAACAAUUUGGUAAAAGUGACACCAAAGACUAGAGCUUUGCAAAUAUAGAACUUUCUGCAAAUAUAGAAUCCGAAUUUCAGAGAAAACUAAAUAAUGUAUUAUGAUAUGAAAGAUUAUGAAAACUAAAACUUUCUGUGAAAAAUAUGAACAAAAUACCUGGAAACCUGGAUUUGACAUAGUGAUGGACACAGAAGAAAACGAACACAGAAGAAUUGCGAGAAAUGGGCCAGAAUACGUAAAAUAAACAUGUUCCGUCUGGUUUGGGAACGAUUAACUAAAAUAAAUGUAAACACAACAAACUUUCAAUAAUACAUAUAUUUAUUUUAAUCCCUACGGGUAAUGUUGACCUAUCCCGACGCCCGCUGGGGUGUGACUCCCGACAGGAGGUUGUGAAUCGACUGCCGUGGCUGAAACAAACCACAAACGCUAAUAUGUUUGUGUUUCUACCAUCUGGCCAGAAAGGCAAUAAAUUAUUUAGAUCUGGCGUUUAAAAGUUAAAACAUUUCUACAGAUUUAAGAAACGUCUUCGAAUGCAGCUCUCGGAAGUGAGUUAUUGACAUAAGGUCUGAUAAGGUAAUUAAUUUAUGGGGAAUUCAGUUUGUUAAACUAAACACACCAAAAACAUAAUGGUUAGGGAUACAUUUCGUUUCGUAAAACCGUGCCCUUCUUAGCAUCUGGUUUGUAUAUUAAAUGUGAAUGUUAUAUGACCUAUAUUAUUUCGUUUUGAGAAAAGUUAUUAAAAAUUAAAAUUAGCAAAAAUAGUAAUUAAAGCGUGUCGCCACAAACAUAAUAAAAAUAAGAAAGUUACAAUUUAUGGGAUACAUAAUGAGGGGACAGCGAUAUGAAAUGCUAAGACUGACAAUACAGGGAAAGAUAAGAGAAGGAAGGAGUAGGUAUAGGAAAAAGUGGCAUGGUUGAAAGAAAAAUUUAGGGGAUUGGUUAAAAUGCAGUUUCAUAUAACUCUUUAGAGCAGCGGUAGAUAAGGUAAAGAUAGUGAUAAUGAUAGCUAACGUCCGAUUGGGAGACAACACUUAAAGAAGAAGAAAAGAUUAUAUUGAAAGUAAAGCUAAGAAUAUUGUUGUCAAAGAAUUGAGUGCAGAAAGGCAAAUUGUUAUUGCAAAAGGUUGGGUUAGGUGUGGUUAUGUAAAAGUAAUAGUGAUAACGGUUUUUGACGAUUAAAUGUAACAUCAAAGUUGCUAUUUUAUAUUUAACUACAGAAAAGACCCAAAAAAUGGAAUGAUAUUGAAGAUUAGAGGCAGGAAAUCCAAGUGAGUUAUCGCUAAUGUCACUAUUUUUCGGAUUGUGUAGAAAAACUAUCUUGACUUAGCAUAGAGACUAUAUUAUGUGCAUUAAAUACCGGUGCACUAAAAAUUAAAAGAGCUUUAACAUCAAAUUCAUCGGAUCUUUGCCAGCAAUGCGUUAAAAAUCGCUAAAACAAGUUUAUUUUAGCGAUCGCGUUUUAUUUUUGUGUAUUUACAUGUCGAUUUGUGACCUUUUGCAGUAUCCAUGUUUAUUUGUAGACCUCAGAAUAAUUUUGAGAGAGGUGAAGAGAGGUUAAAUAAAUCAAAAAGAAAAAAUUAAAUCAUACAUUUUUAUUUGUAAAAGCUUUUUAUGCCUUGUUUCCGCAAAUUAAUCAACCAAUUUGAAUAGUUAUAAUAUACUACUAAUCUAAGGUCUUAGCGCAAGAUUCAGUUUGGAUUUUCUUCUACUGCGCUUGAAAAAUGUCUGCCUGAAAGUUACUCAAACCUCGAAUCCACUAAACCAAUCACACAUCGAAGCCUGCUAAUUCCACUAAAAUAGUCCGAUUAAGGUAAAACAAACACAAGCUGUUCAAUGUUACUACCUCAGACAAUAUAGGUCUGGAUCCGGCGUAUGAAAAAAAAAGUUGAUUAAUAGCAAGCUGAAAAUAUUCUUAAUAGCUUAAGGGUGUCUAGUAGGAUAAACUUUGAUAUAUGGGAACACUGUAACAGGGGCAGUUUUAAUUGUGGAACAGGUUAAAAUGGCAAAUGGCAGUCUGAUUUUUGCAUGAGAGUUUAAUCUCUGUUCGGAGAGUUUAAGUCUGUUCUGUCGGACAAAAUACAUGUGCCGUUUUCGUGGUCUGACCGUUCCAAAUUUUUAACCUGUUCCACAAUUAAAACUUCUCCUGUUCCAGUGUUCCCAUAUAUCAAAGUUUGUCCGACUAGACACCCUUAAGCUAUUAACAAAUUUUCAGCUUGCUAUUAAUCAACUUUUUUUUCAUACGCGGGAUCCAGACCUAAUAGUGCUAAUCAAACAAUCACUAUUCAUCCUGACGUAGUAACAAUUGAAAAUAGUCAUCCCAUAUACAGGGUGGCGUAUAAAUAAUUGGAUUUAUUCCACCUGCAAAUUUUGAUGAACUUUUUGUGUAAUAAUUGUGCUCAAAUAUUAAUAAAUGCUAUAGUAAAGGGGGUUGUAAAUUAUAAAAAUAAUUCAGUAAUAUAUUAGUCAUUUUUUUACAUAAAAAUACAAAACAAAAUAAAAAAAAAUAAAAAAUAUCUUCCACUUAACAUGUUUUACAUGGUUAUUAUCCAUUUCAGCAUGUUUUAGUUGUUUGAGUAAUGGUUUUCUUACAAAAAUGUAUUCCUUUAUUACUCAAAUGUCGUGUUAUAUUGUAGUAUAUCUUUGUCACUCUGUAUUUGAAUAUAUUUAAUUAGUAUCACAUUUUUUCUACUGAAAUAAGAAAUAACCCGAAAAAACAGUUUUCACAAUUAGUUCAGAAAAAGAAGGUUUGUGGACAGUGACUAAUCCAGGUAUCUUAUUUUAUUAUAGGCCUAUAUAAACAAACUACAUGUUUUCUGCAGAGGUUUCAGCGUCAUUAUUUAUUAUUAACCCUUAAACGCCCAAGGGUGGGUAAAAAAUGUCCACCUAAUGAGUAUUCCCUUGUAACAUAUCUAUUACGUGUUUAAAUUUUUUUUAAAAAUUGUUUAUUGUUAAAAAGACAGUCAUUUAUCGAAUUUUAAUUUGGUUCUACCGAUAUUUUUGAAAAUAAAAGUAAUAUUUUGAGUUAAAUAUGGGUGGGUACAAAAAGUACACAUUUGGUAAAACUUGUUACUAAAGGUUUCUAUAUAAUUUCUCGUUGGUAGGAACAUAAUCCAUACAAUUAUCGACGUACAAUUACAUAAUCGACAUAACUAUCCGCCAAUGAGGAGGCUGAAAGGAAGAAUGUGGAGAAAAUCGACAAAUCUGAAUUACUGGCUUUUACUGGUAUGUUAAUUUUGAUGUACAUGGUAAUUUGAUUGUAAGGUUCGUAAAUUGUUUAUAUUAAUAUUUUUGAAGAUGCUGUGUUUAUUAAGUAUAAGAUUCUUAAGUUUAAUCCAUUUCCAACAACUCUCAAUAAAUAUAUUAGCUAUUUUCUAGGUGGACAUUUUUUACCCACCCUUGGGCAUACAUGGAACCUAAAAAGGUUGGGCGUUUAAGGGUUAAGGGGCUAUCCUUGUGUGAAAGUACGAAAUUCACAUAUUUUUUUGGGAAGUUCUAUAAAAAAAGUGCUGUACCAGUUGUUUUGAAAAUUUGCAUGAGCAUUUAUUAUAAAAAGAAGUACAUGUAAAAAAAAUCAUUAAAAAAUAUUAAAAAUUAAACGAUUUAUGCGCCAUCUGCGCAUAUAAACAUAGCAUGAAAAUAAACAUAGCUCCACUGCUGCAGUAAUUCGGACUAAUAGAGAUCCUGAAAUAUAAAAUUUCAAAGUGAUUAUUGAAAUAUAAGAUAUUUUCUAUACCGUCAACUAGGGGUUUUUUGAUUGGAUAAAAAAUGCCAAUUUGGUGGUUUUUGAAACUGAGAAUUUUUUAGCUAAUUUAAAAAAAAUUUCAACACUUCAUCAUUUUUUCAAAUUUUAAUAUUUUUCAAAAAUCCUAGUUGAUGGUAUAGAAAAUAACUUAUAUUUCAAUAAUCACUUUGAAAUUUUAUAUUUCAGGAUCUCUAUUAGUCCCAAUCACUGCAGUAGUGGAGAUAUGUUUUUUCACGGUGCCAGCAGAUGGCGCAUAAAUCGUUUAAUUUUCAAUAUUUUUUUAUGAAAUUUUUUUUACAUGUACUUCUUUUUACAAUAAAUGCUCAUGCAAAUUUUCAAAACAACUGGUACAGUUCUUUUUAUUUGAGAAAUUCCCCAAAAAUAUAUGAAUUUAGUACUUUUACACUAGGAUAGUCCCUUAACAAUUUAGUGUCAAAAAUGACAUUUUUUCGAUUUUUUGCUUACCCUCAAAAAGCAGAAUAAAUAUCUAAUAACAAAUAACUAGGUUGAUUUUUCACAAUAUUUAUAAACAAUUAAUUAUUUUGCCUUAUUUUGCAGUUUUCGAAGCAAUAAAUAAAUUUUGCAACUUUUAGCAAUCGCCAUUUUAAAGUUGUUUUUGUUUUAAAAAUAAAUUUUUGUAAUUCUCUAUGUUACAAUGACGACCUCUCGUGGAUUUAGAAGAACUAGCUUCGAGAGGGUUUUUAAUGUCAAAUGCUGAGCGCACAUGUAUUUGAAACAAGUAGUUAAUAUUCAGUAUUUAUUUUUACAUGUUUUCUUACAAAUUUUAUAUACAACAUCGAUUCUAACUUUUAUUGAAACGUGAAGAUUCCAUGUUAAUAAUUUUAUAUUACCAAUAAUUAUUUUAAAACAUGUAAAAAUAAAUAAUGCAUAGUACCUACUUGAUUCAAAUGCAUGUGCGCUCAGCGUUUGACAUUGAACAGCCCCUCGAAGCUAGUUCAGCCGAAAUGCACGAGAGGUCGCCAUUGUGACUUAACAUUGCGUUAACGCAUAACUCAAAUAUUAAGCUUUUUAAUGGUAGUCAUGACAUUUUUUACAUGAAAUUUUUAAUAAUUACAAAAGGACGCCGAUAUCUCGUCAAAAUACGUAUAGGUUUUUUUCAUAUAGGCCGAUAUCUAAAAAAAUACCUGGAUUUGUCACAGUUCCGAGGAGGGUCUUGUUUUGCUUAUUUACCUGUACUAAGUAGAUCGUAAGUGUCAGUUUCUUUGACCACCUAGUUGCCUAGAUUUGAAUCCAUCAGAUUAUUAUGUUAGCAGUUUGGUAUUUACUACAAAACAAUAGAUAUUCGCUCAAGAAGUUUUUAAAGCAUUCAGAAAUUAAAAACCAUUCCUCUAGUGACUAAAACGGUAUAGUGAACUAGACGAUAACCAUGUUGACGACAUAUUCAGCAAUUAUUAAUAUGUUAUCCCGGUUAUUACUCGAAAUGUUGAUAUUUUUUGUAGGAAAUAAUCCCUCUUCUUUAUGACCCACCCUGUAUGAACCAACUAGUCUUAGAAAAUGUACCCGGAUUUUUUAUUUGUUAAUUUAUUGAAUGCUGCCAGUGUUGUAUAUAUUUGUAUUUAUUUAUAUUGUACAUUUUUAUUUUAUUCGGCAUUUUUUUAGUUCUUACUACCUUGUAACUUCAUUUUGGAGACUGUUUAAACACGCAUUGUGAAAAAUUUCGUUCAAACUAUUUCCCUAAAAGUAUUGAAGCAAUAAAACAUUCGUAAAUA